UCCAAUAUUCAAUUCGAUUCGAAACAACAACAGUUUUCCGCUGUUGCAUUCGAUAUUCGUGAAUUUUUUUCUUCCUUCCUAUUCUACGGUAUCAGUUGAACGGAGUUUUUCCAAAAAGUUUUUUUUUUCUUUCUUUUGAAAAUCGUGUGUCAUUCAAAAAUAGUGUGUAAUCAUAAAAAAGCUCCGUGGCCGAUGAUGCUCAUUGUUUUAUAAGAAAGAUUUAAUUUGCCGGAAAUAAAAAGUCAACAAGUCGUUUUCAUUUGUCGUCUCAAAUUUUCGUAAAAAAACAAACAAACAAACGCUAAAAUACAGUGACCAUGCAGUUAGUUUUGAAUAAAAAAGUGGUGUUGCUGUUAUGUUUCACAAUAAAUAUCGCACAAUUUAUCGAGUGUUCGACGGAGAGUAACACAAGCAAUGAUCAUGUGAAUGAUUCGGCUCAACAGCCGAUUAUCAAGGAUUCGGUGGAUGUGGUUGAGAGUGCAACCAAAUCCAAUCCCGGCGUUGUAUCGAAGAUUGAACACGCAAAAAGUAUUCGAAAUGCUGUGGUCGGUGGUGUACAGCACAAUUAUCGUAGCUCAUAUGUGGGCAAUCGUUUGAAUCGUCGCGUUGCAGUCGCGACAAAAGUAGCCGAAGUUCCAACGACCGACGAAAUCCCAUUGGUCAAAGCCAAGCGAAAACUUACCAAUGAAUUCAACGAAGAGAUCAAGUACAAUGUGGGACCCGGCGUCAACAUUGGCGUUGAAAAAGAGAAGGAAUUAGUUAGCGUUUACUUGGACGAAGAUUGUCUUAAGGACGUAUUCACAGGUCGAGGCCGUAAACAAGAUUUGAUUACGAAAAUAUUGCCUUUAUUCAUUCUACCAUUUUUGAUUCAAUCGGCUGUUGUUCCAUUUUUGGUGUCAACGCUCAAAUUGCUGUUGAUCAAAUCGAUUGUUGUUGGAAAAAUAGCCAUAUUUUUGCUCCUAUUGUCGGCAUUCAAGAAUCAUGUGAAAUAUGGCUAUGAAGCUGGGCCACAAUUCUAUCCAGAUGUUCCGAAUCGCCGGUCCGAGGCCCAUUUAACGGGUUACCGUGUUGAAGGAAAGCCAGCCACUUGGAUUAAUUGAUGAUGCAGUUAACUGCCUGAACGACUACGUUUUCAAGCGACUUUUUUUUCUCUCUCUAUUGUAUAAACAAACAGAAAAAGAAUAAAAACAAAUCAAAACAAAUACAGACACACACAAGUAAACUUGGUGCAUAUUUUCAACCAAAAACAUAGGCAUAUUAAUUCGGGAAACAAAGUUAGCAGACAGAGAAACAAAAUAGGAUGAAAGCAUCGUCUAUAUUUAUAAUAUAAAUCAUAAUAAUCUAAUGAAUACAAUAGAAUUUACUUCGUUUUUUAUUAUAAAUUUGAAGAAUCUGGCUGCAAAAUAGAAGCGUUUAGUUGAUUGCUGGAGCUGAAAUCAAUGUAAAGAAUCUCGCUAAGUACAGAAAAUGUAUCCAAUGCAAAUUGCCUGCAAACUGUCCAUUUGUUUGAUCACUUCCAAUGGGAUUUAAAUUCGGUAUUUCAGCGGUUUGCGGCAAUAUUGCAUUGUGACUUUUAGAUAUAGAUGCCCUUCCGAAGCGAAAAAUGGAUAUAAAUUGUAGAAAGAAAGGAAAACACAAUAUCACAUUGAAAUUGAAUCCGUAUUGUACAGUCGAAAUAAAGACACGAGCGCAACACAAUUUUUGAUUGCAAACAGUUAGAUUCUUUGAAGAAGAAAAAAAGGCAAACAUAAAGACCAAAUAUAAUAUACAUAUUAUAAAUUUAUGUUCAAGUUUUAUUUUAUGUAAUGUUUCUCUAA